AGCCAAUACCCCCGCCGCCGACCUAGCCUACUCCGUCAGAAGUAUGCCGCGGAGGGUUACCGCCGGAGGGAGGCCCGAAAGAGCAUCUUCUUGGACCAUCUUUUGCGAUCUGCAGGCCUGCAUCUCUGAGCCCGUUAGAAUUGUUCAUUACGCUCUCGUCGUUGUUCGACGACUUUUCUGGGGGGCGGAAAAAGAAGCUGUCAAUACUGCUGACGAGAGAACGGGAGAAAAAGAAUCUGCUGCUGCCGAUUAUGAUGAUUACAACCAGCAACGGGCUGACGAUGACCUCCAUGGCAGCGACGAUGACCUCUAUGGCAGCUACCUCCAUGGCAGCGACGAUGAUGACCUCAGCGACUAUGAGGGCUACGACGAUGAAGAAGAUGACUUGCCUCCGCCGUGUAUCAGGAAUGCCUAUGAUGGAGACAGCUCUGAUGUAGAGGAUGCUUACUGUUUUUCUCGCUACCUGGUGGAGCUGUUGUCUGUGCGCCCCCACUUCCCCUUCACGGGCACCUUCGCUUGCUUCAACGACCGUUCUGUCUACUACUUCUCCUCGCCGAAAGGUCAACAGUAUGGUCAUGUGGAUUCUCAGGGAAAUAUGAUAAUCUGGGCAAAAGGUUUAGCCAUCGAGGAUGACUUUCAAGUUAGAGUUGAAAUCCCAGAAGAUGAUAACAAAAUUGAAGUGGCCAACUUCAAUUUUACAGUGGACCCGUACGCAUGUAACAGAGUUAUAACCCGCACCAUCCCGACAGAACACCUCCGCAAAAUAGAUCUGACUUUUGUGCCGCUCAACCAAGCUAUACAGGCAAACGUGUUUGUCUGCCUCCAUCUCAUAGCUGCUGCUGCUGGUGGCGGCGGCUCUAGCACAGGUGACACUGUCUACUAUGUAUAUGGCGAAAUCACUGCACACCACCAACACUACGGUGGCAAGAAUGUCAUGCUCUUUUACCGCGAGGAAGGGAACAAAAUAAAGGUUAUUGGUGGCAAACUCCCACUAUUGCGGCCUUGGGCAGCUGUUCCAGUAUACUUAGAUCCUCUAUUGGUAAUCAAGUUGAGCCUUCAUGUCGCGACUGAUCCUCAGCAUGAUCCCGUCUCCUUCCAAGGUGAUCUUGCCUUCGACCGUGGCGAGUAUGAAAAAUCAAUUUGCAACGUCCACCAUGGUGAAGUAAAAGUGAGGAUUUUUUACGGGUAGUUGCCCUCUUGACGGGGAAUGCUGCGUUGUAAGUUAACGUUGUGGGUGGAUACUGGAUCUCUGUUGGACUUUUUCUAGUACAUCACUGUUUAUGCAAUGAUGACUAGCUCGUAGUUGUAAACUUCAUAAUCUGGUGGUUCAGUAAACGUGCAGGCCUCUUGCCAUGUUUAGCC